AUGCCGGACGAGAGGCGAGGAGUCCGCGCCUUCCUCCUCUCCCGUUCCCACGUCGCCGUCCCCCCGUCAGGCAGGGGGACACUCUGCUUGCUUCUCCUGCUCUCACCCUCUCUGCCUCCCUCGACGUCCCCCCGAGCCCGGCUCGCCCGCGGCGUUCGGCGCUCCCGGCGGCGGAUGCUGCGCCUGGGGACGGCACAGCACCUUCACCCCGCAGCUGCUGCAGCGGGGACCGCAGGGGUGUUUCCUCAUGCCUGCUUCAUUCUGUCUCUUGUCAUCUAUGCUUUUCUUGGGGCUCUCUUGUUUUCCCUCAUGGAAGGUACCCGGGAGGUCAGAGUAAGUGAAGAAUACAAGACAUUUCUGCAGAACCUGAUGAACCUCACCAGGGAGUUAUCAGAUAAUGUGACGGAAAAUGAGAAGUUUAACGCCGAAAUCCGUGAGCUUUUCAGCACAGCUGACCCAGUCUGGUUUAUCAAUCCAAAAGAAAGAUGGAAUUUCUUUGGGUCUCUCUUUUUUUGCUGCACAGUGUUCACAACUGUGGGUUAUGGUAAUACCUAUCCUGUGACACGGAGUGGGAAGUAUCUCUGUAUGUUGUAUGCUUUAUUUGGGAUCCCUCUGAUGUUCUUGGUCCUGACAGACAUGGGAGACAUCCUUGCAACUGUCUUAUCCAAAUCCUACAACAAGUUCAGGAAAUUGCAGUCAAAAAUUCUUGCCUCUAAACUCUGUUCUGGAUCCACAUGUAGCAAAAGGAAUGAACUGAAAUCCAGGGCACAGUCUAAAAUAGUCAUCAACGAGCCCCUGACAAUUAUGGAACUGCUGAGAAGUCAGUCAGGUAUGAAACCAGUCAAAUAUUGCAACGUGGAACUUUUUGAAAUGCUAAUUGCCAGGGAGAAUGAGAACACACAACCAGCAAGAAAUAAAAGCAUGGAGAGAUGGAGUUCAUGUCCUGAACUAGCCAGGGAAAAGACGGUGUCCAGAGUUAUCAAGAAUUUUGACAAAAUAGGAAAGGAGUUAGAAAAAUUAGAUGUGCCCAUUGUAUUGAUGGUGUUUGUUAUCUUUGUGUACAUCUCCUGUGCAGCUGCUAUUCUUCCAAACUGGGAAAAAAGUAUGGAUUUUCAGGAAGCCUUUUAUUUCUGCUUUAUCACUUUGACCACUAUUGGAUUCGGAGAUACAAAGCUAGAACAUCCCAGGUUUUUCUUGUUUUUGUCCCUCUACAUUAUAAUUGGCAUGGAAAUCGUCUUCAUUGCUUUUAAGCUGGGCCAAGACCGUUUAAUUGUCCUGUAUAAAAAGGUGAUUUCAUUUUGUGCAGAGAAAAAUAUGCCAUCAAAGAAGAUAUAUCCAAAAUAA